AUGCAUUCUUUAGAGUUGGACAAACAAACACGUGAUAGAGUUAGGAACUUUAUUGGAGGCGCUGCAUCUGGCGUCGCCUGUACUCUUGCCGGUCAUCCUUUCGACACAUUGAAAGUCAGACUACAAACCGAGGGAACCACCGGUAGAUUCAAAGGACUGACCCAUUGCUUGUCCACAACCAUCAAAGAAGAAGGUGUACUAGCUCUCUACAAAGGAGCUACUCCACCAAUGGUUGGCAUGAGCAUUAUCAACUCAUGUAUGUUUGGUACGAUGGAGAUUGUAAAGAAGAAGUUACAUCCAGAUAUUACAACUCCAAUCAGUGUACCUGAGAUCAUGCUCUCUGGUGCGAUCACAGGUUGGGUCGUCAGCUUCGUUGCAACUCCAAUAGAGACUGUCAAAUCCAAACUUCAGGUACAAUACUCUGGUAUCAAGUUGUAUAAUGGACCGAUUGAUUGCAUUAAGAAGACAUUGAAGAGCGAGGGAAUUGUUGGAUUGUAUCGCGCAUUCAUACCCACUGGAUUUCAACGAACGAGUCUGUGGGCAUACUUUGGAUGCUACGAGUUGGCCAACCGCGCACUUCGACUCGAGGACGGCACAAUGACAGUGGGCCGCUCUUUCUUGGCCGGAGGUAUCGCGGGCACCGGCUUCUGGUGCACCAACUUCCCAUUCGACGUGAUACGCAGUCGCAUCAUGACCAUGCCGUCCGGCGAGAAACCACCUCGCUACACUGGAAUGAUUGAUUGUGCGCGCAAGAUCUACGCCGUCGAUGGACUCAAGGGCUUCUGGAAAGGAUUCACGCCAUGUCUGCUUCGAACCUUCCCAGCCAAUGGUGCAACAUUUGUAGCAUAUGAGUUUGUUAUGAAGUUGUUGCCAUCUGCUUGA